AUGACAUCGCCAGAAUGCCCUGGCUCCAAAGCUGUUGUCAGGGAGAUGCUACGGUAAGUUGUCAGUCAUUUGUCAUCCCAUUCACGUCAUUCCGUAAAUUCACUUCAUUAUAAAAUCAUAAUGGGUUAUUCAAGUUAUAUAUUCAUAAUUAGUUAUUAUGUAUUGUUAAUUCAUUAUAUGUCAAUGUGCCUAUGUAAUGUAUUCUUAAUUAGUCAAAACGUAGCCAAUCCCUUCCUCUCUACCCUUAGUGACUCUUCUGUACUCUCUCUCUGUCACGACUUCCGCCAAGGCUGCCUCCCUCCUUGUUCGGGCAGGUUUCGGCGUUCGUCGUCACCGGCUUACUAGCUACUGCCGAUCCCAUUCUCAUCACUCCACUUGUCAUGUCUUGUCUUGUCAAUCACACACACUGGUGCUCAUUCCCCUAAUUGGUAGGGUAUAAGUGUUCCCUCGGUUCCCCUUGGUCUUUGUGAGUGAUUGUUUAUUGUGAGAGCGCGUAGCUCGUUUGAGCUACUCUUCAUUUGUAUUUGCCAAGGUGGAAUAUUUUCCCUUGUUAUAGUUAGUUUUCACGCUGGGUGCGUUUUAUAUAGUAAAAGGAAUAAACUCUGGACUUCGGUGUUUUACCUCAUGUGCCUGACUCUUCAUCACACCUCAUCACACUCUCCAGGAUGUACCGAGUAGUAACCAGGAAACGCCCAAUGUGGAAAAUGGCAUAGUUGUGGGGGACCACCUUUUUCCCCAAAAAUGUGACUUAUACUUCUACCAUCUUGUACUGUUGGAAAUAGUUGCUAUUGGUGAACUAAAGUACUUUCUUUUCAUCCUGUGUGUGGAGAUACGAUCACACUUGUAUAUCCAGUUUUAUCCAGAGAUAUACAGUACCAGUCAAACAUUUGGACACACCUACUCAUUCAAGGUUUUUCUUUUUUACUAUUUUUUACAUUGUAGAAUAAUAGUGAAAAACAUCAACUAUGAAAUAACACAUAUGGAAUCAUGUAGUAACCAAAAAGUGUUAAACAAAAAACUAUUUUAUAUUUGAGAUUCUUCAAAUUGCCAACCUUUGCCUUGAUGACAGCUUUGCACACUCUUGGCAUUCUCUCAACCAGCUUCAUGAGGUAGUCACCUGGAAUGCAAUUCAAUUAACAGGAGUGCCUUGUUAAAAGUUAAUUUGUGGAAUUUCUUUCCUUCUUAAUGCGUUUUGAGCUACAUCAGUUGUGUUGUAACAAGGUAGGAGGGGUAUACAGAAGAUAGCCCUAUUUGGUAAAAGACCAAGUCCAUAUUAUGGCAAGAACAGCUCAAAUAAGCAAAGAGAAACGACAGUCCAUCAUUACUGUAAGACAGGAAGGUCAGUCAAUUCGGAAAAUUUCAAGAACCAUCAAGUGCUAUGAAGAAACUGGCUCUCAUGAGGACCGCCACAAGAAUGGAAGACCCAGAGUUACCUCUGCUGCAGAGGAUAAGUUCAUUAGAGUUACCAGCCUCAGAAACUGCAGCCCAAUAAAUGCUUCACAGAGUUCAAUAACAGACACAGCUCAACAUCAACUGUUCAGAGGGAACUGUGUGAAUCAGGCCUUCAUGGUCGAAUUGCUGCAAAGAAACCACUACUAAAGGACACCAAUAAUAAGAAGAGACCUGUUUGGGCCAAGAACAUGAGCAAUGGACAUUAGACCGGUGGAAAUGUGUCCUUUGGUCUGGAGUCCAAAUUGGAGAUUUUUGGUUCCAACCGCCGUGUCUUUGUGAGAUGCGGUGUGGGUUAACGGAUGAUCUCCGCAUGUGUAGCUCCCACGUAAAGCAUGGAGGAGGAGGUGUUAUGUGUGUGGGGUGCUUUGCUGGUGACACUGUCUGUGAUUUAUUUAGAAUUCAAGGCACACUUAACCAGCAUGGCUACCACAUCAUUCUGCAGCGAUACGCCAUCCCAUUGGUUUGGGCUUAGUGGGACUAUCAUUGUUUUUCAACAGGAUAAUGUCCCAGCACACCUCCAGGCUUGUAAGGGCUAUCUUACCAAGAAGGAGAGUGAUGGAGUGCUGCAUCAGAUGACUGCCUCCACAAUCCCCAACCUCAACCCAAUUGAGAUGGUUUGGGAUGAGUCGGACGGCAGAGUGAAGGAUAAGCAGCCAACAAGUGCUCAGCAUAUGUGGGAACUCCUUCAAGACUGUGGAAAAGAAUUCUAGGUGAAGCUGGUUGAGAGAAUGCCAAGAUUGUGCAAAGCUGUCAUCAAGGCAAAGGGUGGCUAUUUGAAGAAUCUCAAAUAUAAAAUAUAUUUUGAUUUGUAUAACACUUUUUGCUUACUACAUGAUUCCAUAUGUGUUAUUUCAUAGUUUUGAUGUCUUCACUAUUAUUUACAAUGUAGAAAAUAGUAAAAAUAAAGAAAAACAUUGAAUGAGUAGGUGUGUCCAAACGUUUGACUGGUACUGUAUAUUAACUUCACCCUUAACUUCAGUAUUUUAUUUAAUAAAAAUCCAGGGUAGACUUUUGGUUUGUCAAUAUCGCUCAAUCAAACAGUAUACCACUGAUCCAGAGUUUUAGCAGCUGUGACUGUUCUCCCUCUCUUCUGUCCUCUCCCUCUAUCUCUCUCCUCCUUCCUUCCAUCUCUCUGUCCCAGACUUUGUUCCACCUGUGUCACUAUGCCGUUGUCCUUUGACCAGGCAGUGUUGCCGGAAGCCCCAUACCUUCCUGCCUGACGCUGGUCCGUGUGGGCCGGGGGGAAGACAAGAAGAACCAGCACACCUUUGGCUCAGUGCCCUUCGGUUUCGGGGUCUGGGCUGCCUUGGCAGGAGGGUGGCCGAGCUGGAGAUGUACCUCAUCCUCUCCAGGGUAAGACAUCCAGGCCUGCUCUGUAGUUGUGUGUGUGAAUAAUGUAUAGUACCCUACAGCAUAUGGCCCUUCAUUAAACAGCAUUCUUCUGUUGUUGUGUAGACUCUGAUAGUAGUUUGGGAUUCAGACCACAUGCUUUUCUGCAUCUGGAAAUGAUCAGGCAACUGUGUGAUAGUGCAAGGGGACAAUACAGCAUCCUCUGUCUUCAUACGUUUCCUUCAACAAUUUUCACAUUUCAUUUGACAGUGCCUCUAGUGGGCAGAGGGGUUAAGCUACAGUAGGUUAUACACAUUUAAACCUACUUUUAGCCCCAGCCUCAGGACAUUGAGUAGUUAGUUAUAAGUGUUGAUCUGGUCUGUAGUAACAGUCUAAUAUAAUCCGGUUUAGCUGGUUGUGGUGUGCCUCUGUUAGCUUUGGCAUUGAAGAGAAAAAUUAUCUGCGUUUUAACCACACACAUGCCUUACUAACUGCUAUUCGCUUCUCAAUGAUCAUGCAAGUACCGCACGAGUAGGCUACCUAACUGUCCAUCUCUGGGCAGCCGAAUGUUCUAGGCAGCUCGAGCAUGUGUAUCCGGACCGGUAACCAAAGUUGACAAUGGGCGAGUUAAUUUUGCAGCAGGGUGCACUAUUAUUCCUGACGUCAUUAGUCAACUACUGCUUUUACACUGCCUACUAUUUGUGAUGAUAAUCUUCAGAGUUAAGCUGCCAUAUCGUAGCCAGAGGAGUUGCUGAAAAAGAACUAGCCAAGUUUGCAAUGAUAAUGAAAAAAUAAUGGCUAUUUUGACUGCCUGUAUGUGUCUUGCUUGUGUUUAUAUGCUGCCUAAAUAUACUGUUACAACAGACAACAAAGUUUGUACGAACAUGUCGAUGAUGUAUUUUGUGUACAACAUGAUAGCUUCAUGUAGCCCAACACCCCUCCUGAAAAAAGAACAGUCUACCAUAUCUUUAGUGUAGCCUACAAUAUGAAGUUUCCCCCUCUUGCAGCAGCAGAGCAGUAGGUUGCAUGAGCAGAAGCUAUGUAUGCAGCAGUGGCCAGCAGCUACGUAAAAGAAAUCCUGCACAUGCACAGAAAUCUCCGUAUCAAUAGCCAUGGCAAGUCGGGUUCCAGAAAGUCCGGAACACAUUAUGAUAAAACAUUGCCAUGAUUGUCCCACUAGGAAAGUCCAUAUUUCUAUGUAACUGUGCUAUUCAUGGGUUGUUGUUGUUUUACCGUUUAUCUAUUCUUAUAUCUCUUUCAUUUAACAUGUGGAGAGCUGACAUUCUCUCAGACUAUGACUAUAACAAAAUAUAAUCAAUGUGUUUUCCUCUCUCUAUCCUCCAGUUGGUCAAAUACUAUGAAAUAUGAGCAGACUCUGCCGGGCCACAGUCAAGCCAAUCACAGAACCCUUCUGGUCCCUGCUACCCCUGUCAACCUGCAGUUUAUUGAUAGGACAGUUAGCAGCAGGAGGAACCAAUGGCAGCAGAAGGAGUUUCCUUAUGAACCACAUUAGUAUGCACAUCGUGUAUGUCUUCCUGUCACCAAGCACUUCUUUAUGGAUGGGUUACUUGGUUGUACUUUACCUCACUUAACUUUCCCAUAGUUUUGGACCUGGCUAGUAAAUAUUGUGGUCUACUAGCCCGGCUGGCCAGUGCCCAAAAUCCUUUAAGUUCCAUCCCUGUUAUUAACAAGUGAUCCACAAAUGUGUAACAUCAUGACCACAACACUCGAGACCACAGUGAGACCCUGUUGCUGACAGUUUGUUAUUAUUUUAACAUGUAUUGUGUAAAUAGGUUUAUUUUAACUGUCUUGCUCCAGGUGAGGCUAUUUGCUCUUUGUCACUAACAAACUCUGUGUAAUUUUUGUUAUUUGUAAAAGUUAGUGAUUUUAACAUGUAUUUUAUGUUAUAAUGACUAUGCACAUACAUUAUAGAUGUAUAAUUACCUAAAAAGUUAUGUUGUUGUUAUAAAAUUCAGUAUUGAAGACCAACAGGAUUUGUCCACCAACCAUGGCGACUUAAUUAUUCAAGCGUGGAUAAAAGUCUUAGGCAUACUGAAGAGUAUUUUAUCAUAAAAUAUAUAGUUAGCAGUUGAAAUCAUGUUUUUUCCAGCAAGAAAAAUACCCCCUUUAUUAAUCCCCCUUGGCAAACGGGAAAAGUAAAGCCGGGGGGCCCUUUUUGGGGGGGGGAAAAAACCCCCCAAGGGGUCCCACUGGAAAUCCCAGGAACGUGCAUUGGGGGGGGUUUUUUUUUACCCGGUUUAACAACCUUUUUUCUCCCGUGGAACAACAUUUUCCUAUCCCGGCCGGGCGGGGGGCCCAAUUUCCGGGUUGGUCCCGUAGGCGGGGGGGAGGCCCCCCAGCCCCCCCUUCCAAACCCCCCUUCUUUUCCCUUUCCAAAAAACCCCCGUAAAAACCCCCGGGGGGGGUUUCGGAAGGCGGGGAAGGGGCGGGAACCAAUGGGGGGGGGCAAAAGGGCCCCCCCUUAUAAAACCCCUUAUAUGCACUCGGGGUUUGUUUCCCCGGGGGCCCCCGCCUUCAGGGGGAUUUGGGGGGACUUUAAAACCCACAACCCAUGUUUUUUGGGAACCCGGGCUAAUAAAACGGGGCACUGCACGGGGGCAGGCCCCAAGGGGGUUCCCAUCCCCCGUUUUAAAUGCCCCCUUUAAAAAUCAUCCAAACACCAGGGGGGGCCCCCCAAAAGGGGACCCGGCCCCCCAAUUUUGGUUUUUAAACCGGUUUUUAAAAAUGGGGGGGCGCCCGGGGUGGGGGUUUCCCCCCUUUGGGUACUCAAACCGGUUUUUAAAAAAGGGGGGGCUGGAAACGGGGGGUUAAAAGGGCGCCUACUUUUUGGGGAGAAAUUACCCAAAAAGGGGGUUGGGGAAUUUUUCCGGGGUUUGGGGAAAAAACCCGGGGGGGGGUCCCCCCGGGGGGAAAAAUUUCGGGGGGGGUGGGGGGUUUGGGUUUUCGGGUUUUUUCUUUUUUUUUUUUAGUUUUUUUUUCUGUUUUUUGUUUCCCUAGAUAGUUUGAUAUCCCCCUCCCCUCCCUGGGAUAAUUUUAUUUUGGAAUGUUUUGGGGGUUAAUUUGUGACUUUAAAAGGGCUUUUUCCCAAGUCAGUUUUGGGGGAAUUAGAGUGAGGUCUUUUGAAAGUAUUAGAAAAUAAGGGUGAUAAUGGAAAAGGGGGAAAACAUCAGAUCGUUUCCCCCACUUGGCACGGGACGUAAAUUUCCCAACGUCUUUAAAAAAACCAAGGGGGCCCAUUUUUUUUUUUUUAAUUUAGGGAAACCCAGGGGCCCCACCCCAACUUCGGGACGAAUUUUACAAACGAAGCAGGGUGUGUUUAGUGAGUCCGCCAGAUCGGGGGUGUGGGGGUUUGCCAGAAAGUUACUUGAAAAGGGGGUAAAUUUGGACCCUUUUGGCCCUUGUAAGAAUUAAAAAAGUAACGAGUACUUUUGGGUGUCGGGGGAAAAGUAGGGAGUAAAAAGAAAAACACUAUUUUUUUUAAAGGAUUUGGAGUGAAGUAAAAUUUAAAAUAUAAAUAGUAAAGUAAAGAAACAGAUCCCAAAAAAAAAAACUUUAAGUAUUUACUUUAAAGACAAAGGGGCGCGGGGUUUUCAAAGGAUUAUCGCAGUGCUGGGUGGCCCUAGGGGAUCCUGGUUCGAACCCGGGGCCUGUUGUACCCGGCCCGCCCGGGAGGGGGACCCAUGGGGCGGGCGAAAAAUUGGCCCACCCGUCAUCCAGGGAGGGGAGGGAAGGGCCCGGGCAGGGGAUGUACCCUCAUUUGGGUUGAGAAUGGCGUUUGCAACGCCGGGGUUGUGGGUUCGAAAAAAAUAAUGUAUGCACAACUGUAAGUCGUUCGGAUAAGAGCGUCGCUAAAUGACGUAAAUUUUAAAUGUAAGUACUUUACACCACGGGGUUACAUGAUUGCAGUCAUUCAUUUGGGCCCAAAAAAUGUUUGUUUGGGAAAAAAAACCCCAAUUUUUAAAAAUGAAAAACCUUUUUGGAAUUUUGGUCCCCUAUUGAAUUUGAAAGCCAGAUUUUUUCCCCCAAUUACAUUUUUAAAAUUAAACCCUUUUUGUUUUGACUGUGAAAAAGGGUCCUAGGGGUUCAAAAUUUUAAUAGGAGCAAUGGGGGGUUUUUCAGUGGAUGGCCAUGGGGGAAUUUUAGAUUACUAAAAGAAAAAGGGCCUUGUUUUGGGGUUGGGGGCCCCGGGGUUUCCCCUCUCUCAAGGAGAGAGAGAGAGAGAGAAGAGAGAGAGGGCGAAGAGGGAGAGAGAGAGAGAAAAGGAAAAGAAAAAGGGGAGAGAGAGAGAGAGGGGGGGAAACAAAGACAAAAGGAACAUAUAAAAAAACCGGCCGCGAAAAAGAGAGUGAAAAGGAAAGAGAAAGAUAAAAUCCGGAAAAAAAGGGCUAAGAAAACCCAAUACCCCUAUCUCUUUAUUUUUUCUCCGCCUUUUUCUCUAUCUUUUACCGAUCUCCCCUCCCCUUCUCUCUUUUUCCCCUUCUCUCUUUUCUCUCUCUCUACUCUCUCCUCUCUCUCCUUCUUUCCCCUCUCUCUCUCUCUCUCUCUUUUAACCUAAAAAACCAAAAAGGCAAUGGAUUCUAAAAAAGAUUCAAGUUUUUUUAGCCGGGGACCCUUUUAAUUGGUAUGUAAAAAUUUUUUUCUUUUGAGGCCCACAAAAAAGGACCUUCUUCCCUUGUCUCUCAGAUCGUUCACAUUUUUUGGGAAUUUAAACCGUGGCGCUGAUGUUUGGGCCCGGGGGAUUUUUUAAGUUUUUGGGGUGUCAGGGCAAGGGUUUGUUUAGAGGGAAAUUUGUUUUUGUGGUCCUGGAAAACGGGGGCCCUUUUUUGGGAACCCCCAUUUUUUUGGUCUUAUGAGUUUUUUACUGUCAGGGCCCGGGUCUGAAGAAUCUGUGCAAAAAAGAUCAGGUGCUGUUAGGCCCUCCUUGGUUGGUGACAGAAGAAACCGAUAAUCAGCAAAAAAAGACUUUGACUUCAGUUUUCUAGAGGGGUGGGAGGGGGUUUGCUGCGAUGUUCUAGGGCCCUCCCCAAAUUUGGAUAUAUAUGUGAAGAGGGGGGGGGCUUAAACUGAAUCCCUUUUCUCCCCCCGGGGCCCUUUUUGGAAAAAAAAAAUGUGUGUUUUUUUUCCCAAAUUUUUAAUUUCGAAACCUUGUUUUGUGUACAUGGAUUUUUUUAAGUCGUAUUUUUUUUCCCCAAACCCCCACUUUCCAUAAAUUUGUAUAGAGACCCUCAUGCCAAAUUGAGGAAAAAGUUUUUUUGAAAUCAACAAAGCAUGAGAGAUUUGCCUUUUUUUUUGGUUUUUUUGUUUGCCCCAAUUAGGGUGUGCAGGGUAAAACGUGGUUUCUGUUUUUAGGGAAAUUUUGGGUAAAAAAGCCUUUUUGACAUUUGUAUUUAAUUGUUUUCACUGAGGAAAUGAAUAGCUUUUGGUUAAUGAUAAUGAAGAGGUUUUUCCCAAAAGGUUGGCUUUUGGGAGGAUAUCCCAGGGGGAAAAAUUUUUAAUUGGGGUCAAAUUUGUCCCCAAAUUUUGUGGUUGGGGGGUGAUCGGGUUCCUUGGUUCAAAUUUUGGGGAAGAUGCCAGAGCUAAGGAUAUGUUAAAGAGUUUAAGUAUAGCUAAUUGAAAUGUGUGUGGUCUGUAUAUUUUAUCAUUUCAUUGAGGGAUACCAUCAACACCACAGGACUUUUUGGGUUGGAGGGUUUGUAUUUUGUCCUGUAGUUCAUUCAAUGUAAUUUGAGAAUCCAGUGGGUUCUGGUAGUCUUUAAUAGUUUAAUUCUAAGAUUUGCAUUUGAUCAUGUAUAUUUUUUUUCUGUUUGUUCUCUGUUAUAGGGCCAAAAAGAUUGGAGAAGUGGUUUACCCAUACAUCUCCGUUUUGGAUAGAUAGCUCUUCGUGUUGUUGUUUGUUUAGUUUUUUCCAAUUUUCCCAGAAGUGGUUAGAGUCUAUGGAUUAUUCAAUUACAUUGAGCUGAUUUCUGACAUGCUGGUUCCUUCUUUUUCCGUAGUGUAUUUCUGUAUUGUUUUAGGUGAUUCACCAUAGUGAAGGCGUAGGCUCAGGUUUUAUGGGUCUCUAUGUUUUUGGUUUUGAAUAGGUUUCUCAAUUUCUUUCUUAGGUUUUUGCAUUAUUCAUCAAACCAUUUAUCACUGUUGUACUUUUCUUUGGUUUUCUGUUAGAGAUUUUUAGAUCUGAUAGGGAAGCUGAGCGGUCAAAUAUACUGUUAGGUUUUCUACUGCCAAGUUUACACCUUCACUAUUACAAUGGAACGUUUUGUCCAGGAAGUUGUCUAGAAUGGAUUGAAUUUGUUGUUGCCUAAUUGUUUUUUGGUAGGUUUCAACACUACUUUCCUUCCAUCUAUAGCAUUUCUUCAAUAUUAUUCAGUUCCUUUGGCUUUGAUGCCUCAUGAUUGAGUAUUGCUCUGUUCAAUUAGACUGUGAUUUUGCUGUGGUCUGAUAGGGGGUGUCAGUGGGCUGACUGUAAACGCUCUGAGAGACUCUGGGUUGAGGUCAGUGAUAAAGUAGUCUACAGUACUACUGCCAAGAGAUGAGCUAUAGGUGUACCUACCAUAGGAGUCCCCUCGAAGCCUACCAUUGACUAUGUACAUACCCAGUGUGCGACAGAGAUGCAGGAGUCAUGACCCGUUUUUGUUGGUUAUGUUGUCGUAGUUGUGCCUAGGGGGGCAUAUGGGGAGGGGAAUGCUGUCACCUCCAGGUAGGUGUUUGUCGCCCUGUGUGCUGAGGGUUGUCAGGUUCUUGUCCAGUUCUGGCAUUAGGUCACCACAGACUAGUACAUGUCCCUGGGUCUGGAAAUGAUUGAUUUCCCCCUCCAGGAUGGAGAAGCUGUCUCAUUAAAGUAUGGGGAUUCUAGUGGGGGGAUAUAGGUAGCACACAGGAGGACAUUUUUCUCUGUUGAGAUAAUUUCCUUUUGAAUUUCUAACCAAAUGUAAAAUGGUUCCUGUUUUGAUUAAUUUAAUAGAGUGAGUUAGGUCUGCUCUAUACCAAAUUAGCAUACCCCCUGAGUCCCUUCCCUGUUUCAACACCUGGUAGUUUGGUGGAUGGGACUACCAGCUCUCUGUAACUAGAGGGCAACCAGUGGGUCCGUCUCCUCUAUACCAUGUUCUUGUAGGAUAACAAUGUCUGUAUUUCCGAUUUCUUUGGUUGAAGUCCAGAUUUCCUGCUCUUAGGCCAAAGGCAGAUGACCAUCAAGGCCUUGGAUAUUCCAGGAUGAAAUAGUGAAGGCUUUGUGUUCAUAAAGUGUCUAAUGUUGUUGAUUGUGUGGUUUGGCCUCAGGCCAGUAAUUGUGAGCAGAGCCUGCUGAGCAUCUGGUACAUGCCAUUGGCUUGGGCUAGUGAAAGAGUGGGUGUUGGGCCUGUUUGCCUGCUCACGGCCUGGGCGUAUGUGUGACUUUCAUGUUGAGUCCCUCUUUGUGGGAGUGGGGGGCUUGGGGUGGGUAGGAGGGGCAUAGGUCUGAUCUGAGGGGGCCUAAAUGGGGUGUGGGCAUGGUUGACUUGGGGGGGGAGUUAAUUGGUGGGGGGUGGGGGUGUGUAGAUGUGGUUGAUGGUGCUGUGGUCUGGAUGUAGGUCCUCUCUGCGGGGGUCCUCUAUGUGUAGGUCCUGGGGGGGGGUCCCGCAGGUCUGGGAGAGUGUCUCGCUGGUCUGGGCGGGGUGUCUGUUGAUCUGUUGCUCUGUGUGAGGUGUUGGGUCUGCGGUUGAGGGCGAAUCCUUUAGGGUCCGGGCGAAGGUGGGCCACUGCUGCCUUGUAUAGGUGGACCUGGUCAUAAAGGCUGUUCACGUCCAGGGUGGAGUGGUGGGCCAGGUAGACAUUUGGUUUUGAUGCACAGUCACGGGAAAUACUUGCGUUUACCCGCUGUAUGGUAGCAGGGUGGAAGUAUUUUCGUGGUAACAGGAUUGAGAUAACCACUUGUGCGUUGGGGAAAGUAGAAGAAGCUUUUUCUAUCACUCCCUUAAGUGCUGUGGCCACCCUUUCCUGCUGUGUUCUCAGGUCGUUUGUGCCUGUGUGUAUUAUUAUGUGGCUGGGUGAUCCUAGUUGGUCCUCAGACAGAAUGUCUAGGGCACGCUGGGUGUUUGGACACCAGAGUUUAGACACUGUGUGUUUUGGAAAAAGUGUAUUUUCUUGUAGUAUUUCCCGUUUGAGUCCAUAAGGAGUACAAUCUGUGGCUUGUGUAUGUCCUCAGUGGGUGUGGGGGGGUCGUCAUGAGGGCUAUCAGGGUGUCUGACUGGAGGGGUUGCUCAAGAGGGGUUGGGAUACCCCUGGGCUUGGGGUUCUUCAUUUGUUUGUCUGGGUGUGAUGUCGAGGCUAUGGUCAGGGUCUUAGGGUGUACUGUUCUGCUGCGGGUCGAGGACUUUGGCCAGGAUCUGAGGUGGGCUGUUUGCUGGCUUCUCUGCGGGGGUGGCCAGCUCUCUAAUGGGGUGUUCUCUGUCACCUGUCAUCGUUCUCACCUUCUCCUCCAGCACUCUGAUCCUCUCCUCUAGUGCUCUGUUCUUCUCCUGCUCCUGCUCUUUCUCCUGUUGAUGUUGUCUCACCACAGUCCAGAGUGCAGACAUGUCUCUCUCUACCUCCAGCUCUCCAGGUCUAGUGAAGGGGGUUGUUGUUGUGCUAGACUGUUGUCUGGGUCUGUGCUGACUGGAGUGUGUUCACCUGCUGUUCCAGCUCCACCUGCCUUACCUCCAGCUGGGAGAAUUUAUCCUUCAUGGGUGGUCCUCUGUAGCUCAGCUGGUAGAGCACGGCGCUUGUAACGCCAGGGUAGUGGGUUCGAUCCCCGGGACCACCCAUACACAAAAAAAUGUAUGCACGCAUGACUGUAAGUCACUUUGGAUAAAAGCGUCUGCUAAAUGGCUUAUUAUUAUUAUUAUUUCAAUGAGGGAGUAGUACUCUGUGCUGGGAAGUUGACUUUCUGCUUGGGGUUGCUCUCUCUCUCUCGCUCUUGCUCUCUCUCUCGCGCUCUCUCUCAAUUCAAUUUAUUGGCAUGGGAAACAUAUGUUUACAUUGCCAAAGCAAGUGAAAUAGAUAAACAAACGUGAAAUAAAACAAUAAAAGUGAACAGUAAAUAUUACACUCACCACAAGUUCCAAAAAGAAUAAAGACAUUUCAAAUGUCAUAUCAUGUCUAUAUACAGUGUUGUAACAAUGCUCUCUCUCUCUCUCUCUCUCUCUCUCUCUCUCUCGCUCCUCCUCUCUCUUUUUAUCUCUCUCUCUCUCUCUCUCGCUCUCUAUCUCUCUCUCUCUCUCUCUCUCUCUCUCUCUCUCUCUCUCUCAAUUUCAAUUCAAUUCAAUUUAAGGGCUUUAUUGGCAUGGGAAACGUUGUGUUAACAUUGCCAAAGCAAGUGAAGUAGAUAGUAAACAAAAGUGAAAUAAACAAUAAAUAUUAACAGUAAACAUUACACUCAGAAGUUUCAAAAAGAAUAAAGACAUUUCAAAUGUCAUAUUAUGUAUUUAUACAGUGUUGUAACAAUGUGCAAAUAGUUAAAAUAAAUAAAUCUCUCUCUCUCUCUCUCUCAAUUCAAUUCAAUUCAAUUCAAUUCAAUUCAAUUCAAUUCAAUUUAAGGGCUUUAUUGGCAUGGGAAACAUAUGUUAACAUUGCCAAAGCAAGUGAAGUAGAUAGUAAACAAAAGUAAAAUAAAACAAUAAAUAUUAACAGGUAAACAUUACACUCAUAAGUUCCCAAAAGAAUAAAGGACAUUUCACAUGUCAUAUUAUGUAUAUAUACAGUGUUGUAACAAUGUGCAAAUAGUUAAAGUCUCUCUCUCUAUCUCUCUCUCUCUCUCUCUCGCUCGCUCUCUCUCUCUCUCUCUCUCUCUAUCUCGCUCUCUCUCUCUCUCUCUCUCUCCUCUCAUAAACUCUUUCACUCAGCACACACAUUCCACAACAACCCAAAAUUAAUUAUGUAGUCAGUGUCUCUACUGCCUGUGGUGCAAUGCAUAGGAGAUGGGUGGAACUUCGUAACACAUCAAAGGAUAAUGUGAAUGGCACAUACUAAACAUUCAUUUAUUUACAAUAGGAGACUAUUGACAAGGACAAAUACAACCCAUCGGCAUGGCAGGGGUUUAGUUGGGAAAGAGUUAUAUGCUAAUAUUACUGUAUAGAUUACUGAGUUUUACAAUGCAUUGGCAUUUUUAGAGGACUCAUUGUCACCUAGAUGUUGGAAAUCGGGAAAUAAUAGAGAAGAAAUUAAUGAUAACUUUUUUGUGUGAAUAAUUGUUUUUGAGUUACUUCAACAACAGUACAAUCAAUGAUAAACAAUGCACUUUUUGAACAACCCCAGAAAUGCAUAACUUGUCCCAGUUAAAAGUGCCAGAACAUAUGGAAAUUGUCCAAUUCAUAAGGUUACCCUACUCUGCAUGAGCAACACGUACUGUUACUAUCCAUCAAUGGGACUCAUGGGAAUCACAGGCUAUGAUCACGUCAGGCCAAUUUCAACAGGCAUUCCACGCCCAGGUUUUCGGGUUAAAACCCCCCAAACAAGAACUCUAUUGUGCAUGCAAAGAGUCUGGUUCACAGGCGGAUUCCCAUUCGCCACUGCUCUCUGUAAAGUAAGAUCCGCUAUUCAACUGACUUCGUGACAGGAUCAGAUCUGCACUGAAAAAUCCUUGAAAUUGAAGUCACAAAUUCAUGGAUCUGGAGUGGAAGAUUAACUAACGGGUUUGAACAUAUGUUAUAAGAGAGUUGCGUUUCCAUUGCUUCGCUCACAGUCACAGACAGACAAGCGAGGGACGGACUUGGACGCACUUCAAGAGGUCCACCGACCGUUUGCGACACUAGUCUGCCAAAAACACUCCAGAAAAUACACAAGAAAUGGGGAAACGAAAGGGUAAUACAUGCAUAGACUUUUGGAAAAAGAAAGUAUUUGGAAGAUGUUUUUUUUUUUAUGCAUGGGCCGUGGAUUAUUGAAGGAAAGAGUUUUAUGCACAAACGUUAUCAAUAGUUUUCCACUUUUGGUAAUGUGACAAUUGACAAAAAUGACGCGUGGAUAGCUCUGUCUACAACUCUCAGACUGUCGUGAUAAAAAUGUAUGCAUUCAAUGUUUUCACAGGAUGGAUCUAGGCAAAUUGCUAACAUAUGUGCUCGAUUUAUAGAAAUGCUGAAAUACUGUAUGUGUAGCGUUUGACAUUUUUCCUUUAGUAAACCACGUUUCCAUCCACAGUUUUUAUGCAAGUAAAGUCAUAGCAUCAUGACAUCUGUGAUGGAAAAAUGUAGUUUCGGUACAAUUGUAUAAAUGGCAACAGAUGAUUUGUUCGUUCGACAUGGUGGGAUCUUUUUGUAUAGGUAAAAUUCAUUAUGCGAGAAAUGGCGGUGGAAACUUAUGUUCAAAGAUUGAUAUAAUAACCAUAAUAUCGAAGUAAAUUUGAAGUCACACGAUGAUAUGGGUGUGUGGUCCUCCCACUACGACUCGGGAAACCGUCCGCUACAGAAUAAAUUAUGAUGAACUUCACAGGGUGGUGAAAGUGCAUGGUGAUGCUCCUUUCCAAUAAAUAUAGAGGUUCUUAUUCUGUUGACAUAAUGAUUCUCGCUCUUAUUCAUAAUCUCAUAAUGUAGACUAGGCUACCCGCACUGUAUCUGCAAAACUGUUAGAGUACGCACAUUUUGUGACAAAACUAUCGAUAGUUGAAAAUGCAAUGGAAACACAUUGAACUUUUUUGUAAUUUAGCAGACGCUCUUAUCCAGAGCAAUUAGGGUUAAGUGCCUUGUUCAAGGACACAUUUUUCACCCUAGUUAGCUCGGGGAUUAGAACCAGCGACCUUUCGGUUACUGGCACAACGCUCUUAACCACUAAGCUACCUGCCGCCCUAAAUACAUGAAAACUUAAACGAAAAAGUACAUUUUGUGUGCACUAUGUCAUUACCCACUGAUUUUUAUCCACAAGUCUGUUUGGUCGAAACACACUGGUGGGGAAAUGCGCGUAUUUUCUUUACGUGGAUUCUAUAAUAUUUAUUUGAAAAUCUGUCGCCAAUUGGAUGGAAACCUAGCAAGUGUUAGGUUUUCACAGUAGAAAGUUCAGAAUAUGUUUUCCAUCACAUCGGUCAUUAGGCUACUCAGACAUCAUCAUUAUUGCAAGGGAACUGAUGCAAUACGCGCAUUUUACUGAGUGUUUGUAUUUGCCUAUUUGCUCAUUUGGCUAUCUCAUGAAAUACAGGGUAUUAGCAUCAACCACUGUUUUCUCUUAGACCAUAGCCUAAUAAUAAUGAGCAGUCUAUCAUUAAUUAUUAUUUUAUUAUUAAUAGUCAGUAAUGUAAUAGAGUAAUAAUGACCAUUUCCAAAAUGAUGCGCCAAAUUGACUUUUAUUUGUACCUCCGUGAAUACUGAAAUACGGGCUUGAUUGAAUAGUGCUCAAGUGAACGUCUCACUCAUUCCAUAGAUCAGCAUUAGAUAAUGUAGAUACAGUAUGUCAUGUCAUGUCCUAACCAGCCCUAUAAAUAGUACGCCAAAUUCAUUAUAUUAAUAAUAAACAUUUACAUUUGGACAUUUACAUUGUCUUCAUAGCGUAAAUAAAAAACACUAUCAAAUUCAAUUUUAUUGGUCACAUGCACAGAAUACAACAGCUGUAGACUUUUACCGUGAAAUGCUUAUAUAUGUUUAUUAUGAAUAUCAUGAAUUUGGAGUACUAUUUAUAGGGCUAGUCAUGGCCAUGCAUCUUGUGCAUACAAUACCUCUAAAAUUAUGUUAUUUUGUGAUUACCUCACAGAGCCCAAGUUGGAAAUUGAUGAAAGUGGAAAGACAAGCAAAUCACCGGUAAUAUUUUAUAUUUCUCAAUUUUCAUGUUUUAUUGCACAAUAUAUUCAUGGUCAUGUCUUUGGACUGCAUUGAACAGGUAAAACAAUGGAUAUUGACUGGACAAUUCUUGGCAAGAUUUCUGGGUUCUCCUUAGUUGAUCAUUUCAACUUUCCUUUCUUCUUCAGACUAUUAUUAUUGACUUCUCUUUUCUUUGAACCAUGAUGAAUGUCAAAAUUACCUGUCAGUUGCUCUUUAGUCUAAUCUGUAAUGUGCUGGUAUGAUUAAUGAAUGACUCUUUAUAAUGUGUCCCAAAUGGCACCCUAUUCCCUAUAUAGUGUACUACUUUUGACCAGGGCCCUAUGGACCAGGACAAAUGUAGUACCCUAUGUAAGGGAAUAGGGUGCCAUUUAGUAUGGAGACUUACUGUCUCUUGCUCAGUAGUAAAGCAUUAUGGACAGCAGUAUCAAUUCAUUGUUUAACUGACUCUAGUUAGUAUGAGUCAUGUAUUACUAUAGAAAGCACAUACAGCUUUUAAUGACUCUCUCUCUCUCGCUCUCUUUGUCUUUCGCUUUCUCUCUCUCUCUCUCUUUGUCUUUCUCUCUUCUCCUCAGAAACUAUGUGGGACCAACUACCCUGUCAGCAUCUCCUUCAUUGUGGUGAAUGAGUUCUGUGAACGCUUCUCCUACUAUGGCAUGAAAGGUAGGUAACCUAUAAUUAAGAAUAGUUCUCCUAACUACACUGUAACGGAAAAAACUGUAAUUUAUAUGGUCAUUUGAGGUAUUAUCAACAGUAAAAAAAAAAAAAACGGAAAAGUUUUAGUGCAGCUUACUGUAAAUGAUGGUUCAUUGUGGGAAAAUUGCUUUAUUUCGAAUGGUACUGUAAUUCCACAGAGCAGAAAUAGGACAGCACUCCAGUAAAUAACUUAAAUUGACAUAUUUUUAUUGCCACACCAACAUUUGGGGUAUGAGCCCCUCUUCAGUGUGCAAGGCAAUGGCAAUCAAUAUCACAGCAACAAGACCACACAGGUGGGCAUAAUUAUAAAUUCACAGUCAGUAUUGACCCAAUCAACGGAUCCCAGCAGAGGGAGCUGUGAAUUAUGGUGCAUUGUGGAGAAAUGUUGUGGGCGGGUAAAGAAUCGCUGGCUCAUUAACAUAUUUAGAGUCAUACCUUGUAAGUGGCUAUAUUUGUUGCACCCGUUAGUGAGAAUGCUGUACCAAUUGAACUGAUAUGUGGUAGUAGUGCACUAACAAUUGAAUGCGUAUAGGGGACAGAUCAGAUUUGCAGCUAGUCUUAACACUGUUCUGGUGUCUAUAUGGGUCUACAGACUCAACACUCUCAGUGUUCAUUUUGUUUUUCUUUAACACUGGAGAAUUUGCUGUGUAGUGUAAAAUCAGGGGAGUUGUUUACAUAAUCUCACACCUAAAGAAGGCAGUGUAGUUUCAUUCUCAUAUUGCCAAACUCUAUUUAUCACAUUUAUUGAGAACACAAUCUCUUUUACAAUAAAGACCUGAUCAAGAGGGAGCAAUGAUAUACUGUACUUUUCAAACUCUGAUCCCUGGUGCUUCCUUAUCUAUUUCUUCUUACUUCCCUGCUGUGUUUGUGUGAAGCGGUGCUGACGCUGUACUUCAUCAACUACCUGCAUUGGGACCAGAACCUGUCCACAGCAGUGUACCAUGCCUUCUCCAGCCUCUGCUACUUCACCCCUGUUCUGGGGGCCCUCAUCGCUGACUCCUGGCUGGGGAAGUUCAAGUGAGUUAGAUGGAGAAGUCAAUGCCUCCAAUCCCUCAGUGGGAAAUAUAUGAGGCUGGUGUCAUUUUGUCCUCAGAUUUCUCCCUCCACCAGCCUCCACUGUUGUUGUUCCUAUGUUGAAUCUUGUGUUAGUGGAGGAGAAGCUGAAGUAACUGUGAAAGUCACUACUUUGUCGUAAUGUUCACCAAAGGACCAUUGUUUGGACAUCCUCUGUUGUCUAUGUGCUCGGGUACGUCGUCAAGUCGUUGGGGCCAUCGGCAGUGUGGGGGACUCGACCGAACAUGUGAGUAGUGACAAAUGGAUGUGAACAUCUGAGUUAGGAAAGGUGGACAAAGUCAUAUAACAAUGUGCUCUCUAUGAGAAGAGAGGGAGAGAGAGGAGAGAGAGCUAACUCGUACACUCUCGAAAAGCGCGAAAGAUCUCCCUCACUCGUCGUCACUCCAUCCCUCCCUCUCUCACGCAAUACCUCCUCACACUCCCUCCCAACCCCCUCCCUCGAGAUCAUUGGCUAUGGUGGGUCUGAUCCUUAUAGCCUUUGGUACAGGAGGCAUCAAACCCUGUGUAGCAGCGUUUGGAGGUGAUCAGUUUGAUGAAGAACAUGUAAGAGUAUUAUAUCAGUCUAGUCUAAAAUACACACUAAUAAUACUGUUACUGUAACAUAUGAGGAAAUUCUCAAUCUAAUAACUGUUAUUACUGAAGUAUGUAGGCUUAGCUAAGUAAGAAUGGGAUAAAAAUUAUUCUACAAAUUGAAGAAAACAACUAAUUUGACAUGAAAAAGUAUCAAAUUAAAAUGAAUUUAUGAUAUUAAACAGUGUUCACCAUCAUUGGGUUUUCUCCCCUGUCACCUCAGACGAACGAAAGGAGGAAAUUCUUCUCCAUCUUCUAUGUGUCCAUCAAUGCUGGGAGUGUCUUAUCGACAGUCAUCACUCCAAUACUGAGAGGUUCGUGUCCACAUGAACCUUAACCCUUACCUCAAAGGUGAAAGGCAGUGAGGGCUCAGGCCUCUGUCUUUGCUCAUGGCUGCUGCGUGUGUUCUUGCACUUUCAGGAGAUGUGCAGUGUUUUGGCGGUGACUGCUACGCUCUUGCUUUCGGAGUACCAGCCAUUUUGAUGGUCAUUGCUCUAGGUGAGUGUGCUUCUUCACACCUUAUCUAAUGAAACUAGUCUGGGUUUCUAUUGCAUACUUGGAGUAGAAUAUACCCAGUGGGUAAACCUGGUUGAAAUGACAUUUUUACAUUACCAGAUUACAACCUUGCAUGCUACCAUUAUGGGUCACACCAGGGGGGAUUUGUCCCCUCGAGUUGGAAAACAGGAUUUUGUUUUAAUAGCACAUGCUUUAGCGAGGGUAGUGUGAACAAUAAAUCCCAUAUGGAUCGAGAGGAAUGGGAUUCAGAGGCAGUCAUCAGAAAGACCCUAGUGGCAGGACCACAGAUGUGUGUAAACAUGGAGCCUCGCCAGUCAAAACAACACAGAACUGUGUUACACAAACAUGCAGUGGUGGAAAAAGUACUAAAUGUUCAUACUUGAGUAAAAGUAAAGAUACCUUAAUAGAAAAUGACUCAAGUAAAAGUAAUCCAGUAAAAUACUACUUGAGUAAAAGUCUAAAAGUAUUUGAUUUUAAAUAUACUUAAGUAUCAAAAGUAAAUGGAAUUGCUAAAAUGUACUUACAGUGGCUUGCGAAAGUAUUCACCCCACUUGGCAUUUUUCCUAUUUUGUUGCCUUACAACCUGGAAUUAAAAUCGAUUUUUUGGGGGUUUGUAUCAUUUGAUUUACACAACAUGCAUACCACUUUGAAGAUGAAAAAUAUUUUUUAUUGUUAAACAAACAAGAAAUAAGACCAAAAAAACAGAAAACUUGAGCGUGAAUAACUAUUCACCCCCCCAAAGUCAAUACUAUGUUGAGCCACCUUUUGCAGCAAUUACAGCUGCAAGUCUCUUGGGGUAUGUCUCUAUAAGCUUGGCACAUCUAGCCACUGGGAUUUUUUCCCAUUCUUCAAGGCAAAACUGCUUCAGCUCCUUCAAGUUGGAUGGGUUCCGCUGGUGUACAGCAAUCUUUAAGUCGUACCACAGAUUCUCAAUUGGAUUGAGGUCUGGGCUUUGACUAGGCCAUUCCAAGACAUUUAAAUGUUUCCCCUUAAACCACUCGAGUGUUGCUUUAGCAGUAUGCUUAGGGUCAUUGUCCUGCUGGUGUAAUGAAUACUCAGGGAGAAAAAGGUGUGUAUUCACGCGCAGAGCGCGGCAGGUAUUUAUUUCGCCUUCGCAGAAGGCAGGAAUCAUGGUCACAGGCAGGCAAUGGUCAUACACAGGUAGGCAAACAGGCAGGAUAAUCAAAAAGUGGGACUGAAGGCUAUAACUGGUUCUCACAAACGAGCUAGGAAAAGGCUUAGUAGUAUCAAAAUGAACAAUACCUCACAAGGCACAAACAGAAUGAAUUGAACUAAAUAAGGAGCUGAUGAGACCAGGUGAGUAACUAACACAGGUGAAAUCAAUGAACAAAAAUGAAAGACAGGGCUACAUUCAAGAACACAAAGAAACAGGGCUACGUUCAAGAACACAAGGUUGACUAAGAAAAUACAUACAGAACCUUACAGCUGGAAGGUGAACCUCCGUCCCAGUCUCAAAUCUCUGGAAGACUGAAACAGGUUUCCCUCAAGAAUUUCCCAGUAUUUAGCGCCAUCCAUCAUUCCUUCAAUUCUGACCAGUUUCCCAGUCCCUGCUGAUGAAAAACAUCCCCACAG